AUGUCUGAAGACUUGAAGAAGUUUUAUGAUGAGGUCGAUAAGCGAGCAGAUGACGAGUUCAUUAACAGGAGACUGGGCACGGCUAUCUCCUACAAGUCAGUUUCGAGUGAGGCUGAAAACCGCCCAAAUGUAGUAGCAAUGGAAAAGUUCCUGGAGGAAGAGCUGGGCAAACUUGGUGCGGAUGUAGAACCAUUCUGCAUGGGAAAGCAACAGAAAAAGAAGCCAACAGACCCAGACCUCGAUCUGCCCCCGAUUCUUGUUGCGUGGUACCCCCCGAAGAAUAGUAUUCAUAAUGGCAAGAAAACCCUUCUCAUCUACGGUCACUAUGAUGUCCAGCCAGAGUUGACCGGUUGGUCGCCUGAACACCCGGCCUUUAAGCUGACCAAACAAGGCCCCAGUGGGGAGGAGCGGCUAUAUGGACGGGGCUCUACUGAUGAUAAGGGACCGGUUCUGGGAUGGCUGAAUGCUAUCGAAGCCCACAAGAAGGCCGGAAUUGAAAUUCCUGUCAAUCUCAUCUUUUGCUUUGAAGGCAUGGAAGAAAGCUCGUCAGAGGGAUUCACUAAAUUUCUUGACGAACAUGGCAAUGAUAUCUUCAAAAGCGUGGAUGGAGGCGUUAUUGCCGACAAUUACUGGAUUACCACCAAAUACCCAUGUCUGACCUAUGGACUUCGAGGUAUCAACUACUUCAGAGUCACCAUCACGGGCGCCCCUAAGCAGCUCCAUAGCGGCAUCUACGGGGGUGCUAUUGCCGAGCCCAUGACAGACCUCUUUAGUCUUUUUUCGAAAUUAGUUGAUAACAAGGGGAAAAUUCUGAUACCCGGAAUCAAUGACCAGGUAGAAGAGCUCACCGUAGAAGAGGAGGAACUGUACAAAAACAUUCGUUUCGAGUUGAAAGAUUUCACCGACGCAAUUGGCGACAGGAGAGUGCCACUCUACGAGAACCCAACUGACAUUCUUAUGCACCGAUGGAGAUAUCCGUCGCUCUCGAUCCACGGGAUCAAUGGCGCGGAUUCAAGCGACGACCCAGGCACAGCAAUCCCGAACAAGGUGACAGGCGCGUUCUCCAUCAGAACCGUGCCAAGAAUGGAUGGUGACACAGUCAACAAGAAGGUGACAGAAUAUCUCCAAGAGGAAUUCAAAAAGCUGGGCAGUAAAUGUGAAAUGAAAAUAGGAUUAUCACCCGAAACCACUCCAUACUGGUGGACGAAAAUCGAGGACCCCAAUUUCGAAGCUGCUGCCAAAGCCACCAAGGCUGUUUACAAAACUGAUCCAGACUAUACCCGAGAGGGUGGAAGUAUCGGUGUUGCAUUGUAUCUCCAAAAGAUUCUAGGAGAAAAGAGUCUUCUGUUGCUCCCCGUGGGUGCGUCGGAUGACGGACCUCAUGGGCCCAACGAGAAAAUCGACAGAAGAAACUACAUCGAGGGAACCAAGUUGUUUGGUGCCUACUGGCACUACUUCGCUGAAAAAGCUUAA